CUGUUCAGACACACAAGCCCACCAGCAGAACUGAAUCAGCCAGAAAACACCCCAAGAUACAUAAAUUGUGAUGAAUGCCGAUCUCCAGGGAUUUAGAAGACAUAAGAACUGAUCCGGAAAGAGCUGUUGGAAGAAUAGGCAGAAGAAAUAUCUGCAGCAAGGUAACAAUGGCAGCUCUGCAGAGACGUCCGGGCAGCAGUGCCCUGCUUUGCUUUCUCCUUGGAAUUCUGUGGGAGGCCAGUGCCAGUCAGUUAAGCUACUCAGUGCGGGAGGAGAUGGAGGAGGGCGCCUUCGUGGGUGACAUCGCCAAGGACCUGGGACUGGAACCGCGGGAGCUGUUGGAUCGAGGAGCCCGAAUUGUUUCCAGAGGUAAGAAGCAGCAUUUCGCUCUUGAUGUCAGAACUGGCAGCUUAGUCACAGCAGACAGAAUAGACAGAGAGAAGUUGUGUGGGAGAAUAUCCGCGUGCACUGUAAACAUAGAGAUUCUGCUAGAGGACAAAGUGAAAAUUUAUGAAAUAGAAGUGGAAAUAACUGAUGUUAAUGAUAACAUACCUAGCUUUGGCACAGAAGAAAGGGAAAUCAAAAUCAGUGAAAGCGCAAUGCCAGGAGCAAGAUAUCCCCUUCCAGAAGCCUUUGAUCUAGACGUGGGGGUGAAUUCACUGCAGAAAUACAAAUUGAGCUCAAACCAUCACUUCUCUCUGCACGUACAAAACGGAAGAGAGGAUGCCAAGUACCCUGAGCUGGUGCUGGAGCGGGCCCUGGACAGGGAGGAGGAACCUGUCCAUCACCUUACCCUCACUGCUUUUGACGGAGGAAAUCCGGCUGGUUCUGCCACCGUGAGCAUCCUCGUGACUGUCCUUGAUGCAAAUGACAACGCGCCAGAGUUUACUCAGUCCCAGUACAGCGUGAGUGUUCCUGAGAACGUGCCAAUGAGAACAUGUCUGCUCAGGGUGAAUGCCACAGACCGGGACGAGGGAAUGAACGGAGAUGUAUCUUAUUAUUUCCGGAAAAUUACCGAGAAAACCUCGCAACUAUUUGAACUGAAUGCUUUGACUGGGGAUAUAACAGUAUUGGAAAAUCUAGAUUAUGAGGAAUGUAAUUUCUAUGAGAUAGAUAUUGAAGCCAGAGAUGGGGCUGGAUUUCUGGCCAGAGCCAAGGUUCUGGUCAAAAUACUGGAUGUAAAUGACAACGCCCCCGAUGUCACCAUCACCUCUGUUACCAGCUCAAUCUCUGAAAAUUCUGCUGCAGGAUCAGUGAUUGCCUUUUUCAAUGUGCAUGACAAAGAUUCUGGGGAGAAUGGUCAGGUCACAUGCUCCAUCCCAGAGCACCUGCCUUUCAAACUUGAAAAGUCCUAUGGAAAUUACUAUAGUUUGGUGACCGACAGAGCCCUGGAUCGGGAGCAAGUCUCCAUGUACAACGUCACCGUGACAGCCACAGAUGGAGGGAAUCCCCCUCUGUCCACUUUUAUUCACAUCUCCCUGCACAUAGAAGACACCAACGACAACCCCCCGGUUUUUGUCCAGACAUCCUACUCAGCCUAUGUCAUGGAGAACAAUCCCAGAGGCACUUCCAUUUACUCUCUAACUGCUCUUGACCCCGACAUUGGGGAGAAUGGACACAUCACUUAUUCCAUUACAGAUGACUCGGUACACGGUGCACCCCUCUCCUCCUAUGUUUCCAUUAACUCUGAAACUGGCAUCCUCUAUGCUCUGCGUUCAUUCGAUUAUGAACAGUUCCGGGAAUUGAAGCUAGGAGUAACAGCCAAGGACUCUGGGGACCCUCCUCUCAGCACCAACGUGUCCCUGACUCUGUUCAUCCUGGAUCAGAAUGACAAUGCCCCGGAAAUCCUGUACCCCGCCUUCCCCACGGAUGGCUCCAGUGGAGUGGAGCUGGCCCCACGCUCUGCAGAGCCAGGCUACCUGGUGACCAAGGUGGUGGCAGUGGAUGCAGACUCUGGCCAGAAUGCCUGGCUGUCCUACCGACUACUCAAGGCCACAGAGCCUGGGCUCUUCUCCGUGGGUCUGCACUCAGGGGAGAUAAAGACUGUCCGGGCAUUCCUGGACAAAGAUACCCUGAAGCAGAGACUCAUAGUGGUGGUGACAGAUAAUGGGGAGCUCCCCCUCUCUGCCACUGUCAGUAUCACCAUAGCUGUGGCUGACAGCAUCCCAGAGAUCCUCUCCGAGCUCAGCAAUCCCGAGGCACCAGAUGACCUUAAAGACUCCAGCCUCACACUCUACCUCGUCAUCGCAGUGGCUGUCAUUUCCUGUUUGUUCUUCACCUUCAUUGUCAUUUUGUUGGCGCUCAGGUUACACAGGUGGAGGACCUCAAAGUUGCUGGGUGCAUCGAGUGGGCAUUUUGGAAACAUCCAUUCCUCCCAAUUCGUGGGCAUUGAUGGAGUGAAAGCAUUUCUCCAAACACAUACCCAAGAGGUUUCCCUCACUACUGACUCUCGGAAAAGCCAGUUGAUAUUUCUGGGACCAAGCUACGCAGACACUUUAUCAAUUCAGCAGAACUCUGAUAAAAAGGAACCUCCAUUCAUACCCCAUGAAUCAAUUCUUUCUAAUGAGGAUCAGUCCUUUCAGGAUUUACUCUUUAGUGAUGCUUCCAGCAUCCCAAAUAACAGUAACGGGGAACUCCAGGCCACCUUUGACAUGGUCAUUCCUUCUCACGCAGCUGACAAAGCCUAG